AUGAAGUUCACCGCCACCUUCGCCGCCGCCUCCUUGGCCGCCAUCUCGUCCGCCCUUCCCCAGCCCACUACUGCCUACCCUCGCCCCGAGGCCGGCGACAUCUUCCGUCUGAUGUCUCUGCGCACCGGCACCCCCAUCCACUAUGGCAACGUCCAGGCCAAGGAGGGCAACCUCGUCAUCAACUCGCCCGACCAGUUCAACAAGACCUGUGGCAUCAACGGCAGCCGCGACAACGUCACCAACGGCAUCGACUACGCCUCCUUCUCGCUCCACGACGACGGCAGCGUCUACCUCUACACAUUCAACCCCCCUCUCCAGCUCUACGUUGACCGCAGCGGCAUGGGCCAGGGCAACGUCCGCUACUCAACCGGUGUCCAGCCUAUCGGCAAGAACCAGGAGCGCGGCCCCUUCAAGAUCAACAAGGAUGGUGACCUCGUCUUCGCUGCCGGUGGCCUGACCGGCGACGUUGGCUUCCAGGCUUGCCCCGGCGCUGUUGGCGGAGGCUGGAAGAUCUGGCUCAAUGGUGUAGACAAGCCUGCUGGUUCCGAGGGAUGCACUCCCUUCACCAUGAAGGCCCUCAAGGAGACCCCCUACUACAGGUGCCUCUACUCUUCUGCUCCUGCUUAG